ACUUGACUAGAUGAACAGUGACCCCUGCGUGGAGCAAAGUCCAGAUUAUUAAUGAUCGAUGACAGAUUAAAGCCUCAGUCAGAGUCAGGACCAGCAUGGAGGACAAAAAGAAGAUUCUGUGUGUGGGGCUGGUGUGUCUCGACAUAAUCAACGUGGUCGACAAAUAUCCUGAGGAAGACACUGACAGCAGGUGUUUGUCCCAGCGAUGGCAGCGUGGAGGAAAUGCUUCAAACUUAUGCACGGUGCUGUCCCUGCUCAAGGCUCCCUGUUCCUUCAUGGGUUCACUGGCUGCUGGUCCUGUGGCUGAUUUCAUCAUGGCUGACUUCGAACGCCGCACGAUUGAUGUCCCAAUGGUGGUUUGGCAGGUCAAAGGUCAAACUCCAUGUGCAUGUUGUGUGGUUUGUCCAUCCAGCGGAUCUCGAACCAUCUUUCUGUAUGAUACGGACCUUCCUGAUGUCUCAGUGAAGGACUUUUCUAAAGUCAACCUGCAUCAGUUCAAGUGGAUUCACUGGGAGGGCCGUAAUGCUGACGAGCAGAUGAAGAUGAUCCAGCAGGUGGAGGUGUUUAACAGCAAACGUCCUGACCAUCUGAAGAUCACCGUCUCUAUAGAGAUUGAGAAAAUUCGAGAACCGCUGUAUCAACUGUUUCCUUACGGUGAUGUGGUGUUUGUCAGUAAAGAUGUUGCUCGUCACUUUGGCUUUCCUUCAGCUGAAGCUGCUCUGAAAGGACUCUACCAUCGCGUCAAAAAGGGGGCAGUUCUGAUCUGUGCCUGGGCAGAAAAAGGAGCGGAUGCUUUGGGUCCGGAUGGUUCACUUGUUCAUUCUGAUGCUUUUCCUCCUGAGACUCUGGUUGAUACUCUGGGGGCUGGAGACACGUUCAAUGCUGGGGUCAUCUACACUCUUUCCAAUGGAGGAAGUCUGCAGGAUGCUUUGAGCUUCGGCUGCAGGGUUGCUGGCAAGAAGUGUGGUUUCCAUGGUUACGAUGGCAUCAGUGAGGUGCUGAAUGACGUGUGAUCGGAGUGGAAAUUGUUUCAGACUCGUAACAUACUCAGAUAAUUAACGGACGACGUGAAACGAGUAAAAAACUUUUUUAUCGUCUGCUUCAAGAUGAAACGUUCAGAAACAGUUGAAUUAUUUUUUUAAUGUCAGAAUGUGAACAAACUAACGGAGAUCAAAGAUAAUCAACAGCUGUCAGUUUAUUAAAAACAUAAUAAUAACAAGCAAUGAAGUGACGGAAUCGAAUCCUCAACCGAGACUAGUUUUUGUUGACCUGACGUGAACUUUGUGACACUUUUUGUUAACGGUGUAAAAACUUUCUCUGAUGAAAAUAAAAUGAAGGUCUUCACUCCUCAUGACUGAUAAAGUUGAUGACAUGUCAGUCAAUAAAGAAA